UAUUCCAUCAUUUGAAAUACAUUUUCAUCAACUUUCACUGGAGGUGACAUGAACAACUAAAACUCUAGUAAAAGUCACUCACCUGACAGUGAUGGACCGCCUUGCCAUCUUUUGUCAGCUCCUGUUUUUAUGUUUUCAUCCAACGGCAGCCACCAGCAUCUUGACAGCAGAUGUAUUUGAAGCUAAAGGUCAGCGUGUGUGCAAGGCGGGCAAAGGCAGGCCGUGUUACAAGCUGGCCUAUUUCUCCGAGGUGCGGCGGAGAUUGAACUUCGGGGAGGCUGAGCUUGCGUGUCGCCGGGACGGCGGGCAGCUGCUGAGCGUGGAGUCGGCGUCCGAGCAGAAGAUCAUCGAGCAGCUCAUCACGGAGUUGCGGCCGACCGAUGGCGACUUCUGGAUCGGGCUGAAGCGUAACCACGGAGACGAGGACAGCAGCAGCAGCAGCAGUGAAUGCUCAUCGCAGUACCGCUGGCUGGAUGGCAGCAAGUCCACUUUUAGGAACUGGCACUGGGAUGAGCCAUCAUGCGGCUAUGAGGUGUGCGUGGUGAUGUAUCACCAGCCGUCUGCACCGCCUGGGAUGGGAGGUCUCUACAUGUUCCAGUGGAAUGACGACAACUGUGAAACUAAGCACAACUUUAUCUGCAAAUACAUCGCAGAGAAGUCCGCUGUCCCUUCACCCCCUAACUCCACACAUGGAGACAUCUUCCCCUCAUCUGUGCCGUGGAAUCCAAAUGAUCAUAAUGCAAAGAGGAGCACAGCCCUCAAUGUGGUCUACAUCAUCAUCCCCACCAUCCCACUCAUACUGCUGCUGCUGACAGUGACGGGGGUCUGCUGCUUCAAAAUGCUGGUCACGCGACGAAGAAAGGAGAAAAAAUCAGAAGUACCCCAGCCAGAUACGGGCCUCCGACCCAGCCCGACCCCGACAGACGUCUACAACGUGAUCCGCUGUCAGAAGGAUGACGACUUGGUGUCGGGGCGCCCGCACACCAAGAAUACAUCCUUCCUUAGCUCCUCGCCCGACACCCCCACCGGGGAUUACGACAACCUGGGAGGUCGCGACACCGAAAGCGGCUUUGUGACUCUCGCCAGCACUGAGAGCUGCUUCCUCAACUUUGACAUCAAUGACCUCAGCUUGGGCCGCCGGGGUACCCGCGACCUCUACAACAGCAGCUUGGGCCGGCCGGCGAAGAGGGACAUGACUGACGGGACUCUGGCUCAUCCCAGCCAAUUUUACGACAGGAGCCUCGGCCGCCGAACAACCAAGAGUGAGCAUUUUGGCUGCAGCAGUGCCUACGGUGACCACGAGCUGCGCGAAGACAACAUGACAGCCAAGACUGACCUCUAUGACUUCAAAGUUAAGCCUGUGGAUCACACGGUGAAGGCUGACCUGUAUCAGACGUACACCACCGAUGGCAAGAUGGAUUCUUACCAAAGCAUCUUGGGAAGCUACGGAAGCAGAAAAUCCUACCAGGCUACUCUGGAUAGCUACAGAAGUGCUCUGAAUUUUGAUGGAGGAAGGAGAUACUUCAAUGAACAACACUGGCUGGACAGUGAAAAGUACUGACGUGUGUGUUCGUGGGUCUGAUUAUAGGAUGUUAAGACACUGCAUGCAAGUUGCAAAAAAUUUCAGAAAUCGAUUAAACCAAUUGGCCAUCUUUUUCAGUCAAUGUAAGCCAUAGUCACCUGCUGGCAAAAACAUUGGAUACACCUGCAUAAUCAAAUCAAAUACAAUGUAAGAGCUGGAGACAUUGUACGACCACAGACAAACUUUAUUUUACUAUACAGUCUUGCAACAGCCUUGUGAAUACUGUACAUCAAAGGUGUCAAACUUGUUUUCAUUGAGGGCCACAGUCACGGCUGCCAAUAGGAGGCUGCUUGUAAAAGUAAAUAAUAAAUGAAUUUACCUAUGAAUUUAAAUAUUAAAAUUUUUUUUAGUUAAAGAGUAAAAAAAUCUGUGGAUUUUACCAAAGUUUUUACAGAAAAAAACUGGCAGCUUAGUUACCAGACUUUUAUAGUAAAAUAUAUGGUGUGUUUUUUUCAUUAUUAUUUUUAUGACAUAUAUACAUAUAUAUGUUAAAAUAAUAAGUAAUAAAUAAAUAAAUGAAAUCAUAAAUAUAAAUACAGUACCGUUGUUUAAUUUUAUUUUGGCAAAUCAGCUCCCAGUUUUUUACCAUUAUAAAAUGUGGUACCAUAAAAUCAUCAAAGUGGAUUUCACAGUAAAAAAAAAUAACAAAAAACUGACAGCUCAGUCGACAGAAUUUUACUGUAAAAAAACAAACAUUGGACGUUUUUUUUCAACCUCAUGUUUUACAACAAAAUUCACUGGUCAUUUUUAUAGUGUACAAUUUGAUGGUUAACUGGCUUCGAAAUCAUGAGUUGAGCAGAUAUUGAAAUAUUUAUUUGGAUUUUGAGCAAAAAAGUUUGAUAAUAUAAUAUUUGUUGCAAGAUUCGACACUAUUUUUUCCCUGUCAAACUAGAAAAAAAACUUAAUAAUAAUAACAAAAUAAGAAAGUAAAGGAAGAAAAUAUAGGUAUUUUAUUGACACAUAGUUUUUCCAAGCUUUGACGGGCCAUAUAAAAUGACGUGAAAGGUCAGAUCCGGCCCGCGGGCCUUGAGUUUGACACCUGUGCUGUAUUUGGAAUGUGUGUUUUACACUGAACUAUGUGGUGUCGCAUGCACUGAAGAAGCUUCAUUAAGACCUGUGCUUGAUGACGACAGUGAAAAAUGGCAAUAUGUCAGCUCGUACACUUCAAAAAGAUGCCCCAAACAUCCUCAUCUUGAAAUUGCACUCUCUGAAGUACACCAUUAAAAUGGAGGAUUUUGGUCUGUGCUAGUAUAUCGUGGGUAAGUGCGCAUGGCAUUUGCAUGGCCAUUUAAAUGUUGAUAUUUCACUGUUUGCAGUCUAAUAAUGUUUAUUUGGUGACAUGUUGGGUAAAUACUAUUUGUGUUUAUUUAUGUUUUAUAACUGUGUAUUGACACAACGAUCAAACAGGAAUACAUGAAUGACUUUCUCUUUCCCCCUGAAUCAAUCUGUUUUGAUUCAUGAUGCUCCUGAGGGUCUAGGUAGCACAUUAAUGACAACACUGCAUGUUGUUGAAGAGAAUGUUCAAUUAUAUUGAUAUUUGUAAUGAUGUGUUAUGUCUUGAUACGCCUCCUGUGGUUUGUAUGUUUGUUGGGUAAAUAAAUCAAUCAGAUUGCGGUGCUGUUUUUUAUUGUACAGAUAAAAA